AUGCAUGAAGGCCAGGAUGUGGGAGAACAUGUCCAUACCAUGAUCUGGCUUAUAGAGCAGCUGGAGGCAUUGGAUUUCUCUAUGGACUUUUCUCUUCAAACGGAUUUGAUCCUUCAAUCCUUGCCGAAGUCUUUUGGAAGCUUUAUCACAAACUUCCAUAUGACUAAACAAGAAUGCACUCUGGCUAGUCUUCUGAACAUUCUUGUGAUUGCCCAAGGCAAUAUGCCUAGCAGGAAGGGAAAGGAAGUGGCACUUGCUGCUUUUUCUUCUGGUAAGACCAAGAAAAAGAAGAAAAGCAAUAAGAAGAAGUCGUCUUGUGCCUCUGGCCCUUCUGGUAAAGUGGGCAAAAAGAGCCAAAUUGUGAAGAAGAAGGCAAAAGCAACUCUUGCUAACAAGGGAAAGUAUUUCCAUUGUCAAAAGGAUGGGCACUAG